CCUGACGGGUCAAUGUCUUGUCGGGAUUGCACAAGGAAAGGAGGAUGUGUAUACACAACAUUUUGGCUGGUCCGCUUUCUUCCCGUUGUACUUGUCUCGCUGGCAACCGGCUGGGGAAUUUAUGCCUACACUUAUGAACUUUGUAUUUUGUCGAUCGAUAAUUGGCCUCAACGGAUUAUCUACUUGUUUAUAUUCUAUGCACUUCUAAUUCUCUUCUAUACGUCAUAUCUCCGCACGGUUUACACAAAAGCGUGGAAGCCACCACAAAAGUAUUGCAUCGAGGGAGCUUCCAAGGCGACAUAUGAGUCUGUUAAAGAUGACGAGAGACAAUUGCAGCUAUUUCUUUCUGAUAUUGCUAGAGAAAGAGAUUUGACACUUCUCGUUCGAGGAUUUGAUCAUGGAAUUCGAUUCUGUGAUAAAUGUUGUUGUAUCAAGCCCGAUCGAUCUCAUCAUUGCUCAAUGUGUGAACAAUGUGUUUUAAAGUUUGAUCAUCACUGUCCAUGGGUGAAUAAUUGCGUCAAUUUCGGAAAUUACAAGUAUUUUAUUCUAUUCUUGGCGUACGGUUUCAUAUUUUGUAUCUGGAUUGCUGCAACAACUCUUCCAUCAUUUAUCGAUUUUUGGAGACAUGAAUACGAUAUGAAUAAAAAACAAUACGACAGCAUCGACUCGGUAAUUCAACGCAAUCUGAAGCACUUACACACAGUUCUCUCGAAUGGACGAUUCCCUUUGGUAUUUCUUCUGUUUCUUUCGUGCAUGUUCUCACUGUCACUCUCAUUUCUAUUCUUCUAUCAUCUUUAUUUGACUGCCAAAAAUCGAACGACUGUUGAAUCCUUCCGAGCACCAAUGAUCGAUGGAAAAUAUGCGAAAGACGCCUUCAACCACGGGAUUCGAGCGAAUUAUCGAGAAAUAUUUGGAUCUCAUCCCUUGUAUUGGUUCUUGCCAGUUCCUAGCUCAAUAGGAGAUGGUUGCAAAUUCGUGAUGAAUGAUAUGACAGCCAUGUCAGCUGCUGCCGGAAAUCAAGUUUUCGUAGAAAUGGGAAAUGUUCCGAAUGGACAAAGCCAUGCUCAUCCACCAAUAGCUCAACAUCAUAUAAACUUAUACUCUGAACAAUCAUCGUCUGCGAGUGAAAAAGAAAUCAAAAGUGUGGAUGAUGAAAUAACUGAAAGGUCACAAGUGUCAACGGCAACCACCGCAUCACCGUCGCAUGACUCGGUGACGGCGUAGAAUUCAAAAAAUGGACAAUGGACGCUGCAUUAACAACACACGGAAAUCGAAAUGGACCACUUCGUUAUAGUCUUCUUCAACAACGAGAUGAAUCAGAAAUGCAACAUUUGUAUAGUGAAGAUGAGGACGAAGAAGAUCUAAAUGUUCGAAUCGUAUAAUAGUUUAUCUUCAUUUUCAUAUUCUUUUUUCGGGUUCUAUAGAUCCUUUCCUGUCACAUUUUUCUUAUUUUUUCACGCUUCUCAUCUCACUAUGAUCUUACAUGUCUCUUUGCUCCAAACUAUUCCUAACUUCAGGUCGCUCUUUACCAAUUUUCAUACAUUUUCGAAUUUUCCACUUUUUAGCUAUGUUCUGGAGCAAUUUCGAAAACUAUGUCAUUUCUCCUUUCUCGUCUCCCGGGUUCAACUUUUUAAAUUCAUUUUUUUCAGUUGUGAUUUAAUCCUAUUUUUAAAAAGUUUUUUGUUGCUUUCAGUUGUUUUUCAGUAUUUUGUAAUUUUGCUCACAAUUUUUUUCAAACAAUUUACAACGAAAAAAUACAAAUUAUUUAUUAUUUAA